CGGCUCACUAAUCUUGCCAUCAUCUUCAACCGGUCUUAAACUCAGGUUGAGUCACAAAACCCAACAGUGACACUCUACUGGACCACUUUUACAUUAAUAUUGGAGCCUUACUCUCAAAAAAAUUAGAGUCAGUAACUACUUUUACAUGAAUCAUCGAAUAAUACAAUCAUUAUCUCUCCACUCCAUUCGUCCAAAUAAGCAACAUCGUCCCAGGCUAAUCUCCCGCAAUCCAAUACUCUACAAUCUACAGGCCACAAAUACCCAAAACGCGCUAACUGACGCACACCAUUGUAUCCCAAAAAAACAUCAUUAAUCAUUUCCUUUCAGUUUCAUCGAUACACUCAAUCGCCUCUUUUUUCCACUCUUUCAUUUCUUUCCAAUGGUUUCUUAUCACCCAAAAUCAUGACCACGUUCAAUACCACCACCAAAAAACCCACUGCAAUGAGGAUAAUUGUGCCUUUACAAGGGGUUGUUCAGGGUAAUGGUGGUCUCUUUUUUGGCUCUGCUGUUCCUUGUGCUCUUUUCUACUUCCUUCAACUUUACUUUCGUAGAAAUCGCUCUCCCAAAUCGGAAAAUACAACCACCGUUAGUAAUAAUUCUCCUUCACCGGAGGUUUUACCGCCGCCGCCUCCGGUGUUGGAGAGGUGUCAUUCGAGAUCCCAUCUUUCUCCUAGAAGCCCAUCUGGUCCGGCCCAUAUUUCUUCACGGGCAGUUAGUUCCGGUGAUAGUUUGCCCUAUUUUGUUGGGCUUACCCGUUUUGCUGAGGAUCCGUUUCAUGAAUUUGGUAAUCCAGAUGGUAUAAUCCAACUGGGUUUACCUCAAAACCAUGUGUGUGUAGAAAUGCUAAAAGAUUGGAUGGUGAAGAAAGGGAGGGAUUCAAUAUUUUUGGGUAGAAAUCAUGAAAAUGGUGGAGCACAAGAAUUGAGUAUAAGUGGGACUGCAACUUAUCAGCCUUUUGAUGGAAUUAUGGAAUUGAAAAUGGCAGUAGCAGGAUUCAUGUCUGAAAUUACACAAGGAAAGGUUGUUUUUGAUCCAUCCCAAAUAGUCUUGACCGGGGGUGCAACCCCAGCAAUUGAAAUCCUCAGCUUCUGCUUAGCAGAUACCGGAAAUGCAUUUCUUGUUCCUUCUCCGUACUACCCUGCUUUGGACAGGGAUGUAAAGUGGCGAACUGGUGUUGAGUUAAUCCCCGUUCCUUGCAGAAGCGCUGAUAAUUUUAAUCUCAGUGUUUCAUCCCUUGACCGAGCUUUCCUCCAGGCAAAGAAGCGUGGCUUAAAAGUCCGUGGUAUAAUAAUUUCGAACCCUUCAAAUCCGACAGGCAAUCUGUUUAGUAGAGAAACACUUUACAGCCUCAUAGACUUUGCUACCAAGAAGAACAUCCACAUCAUUUCAAACGAAAUCUUUGUGGGAUCUUCUCAUGGCGAAGAGGAAUUCAUCAGCGUGGCUGAAAUUAUUGAAUCGGAAGAUCUUGAGCGCGACAGAGUUCAUGUAAUCUACAGUCUAUCAGAAGAUCUUUCCCUUCAUGGUUUUACAGUUGGAGUAAUACAUUCUUAUAAUCACAAUCUUUUGGCAGCUGCCAGGAAAAUGUCGCGCUUUUCUCCAUUAUCAUCAGUUACACAACGACUUCUACUCUCAAUUCUUACCGAUACAAGAUUCAUCCAGACACUUGCGCAGACUACUAGGGAAAGACUGAAGGGAUUUUAUAUGAAAUUUGUGGCUGGACUGAACGAAUUAGGUAUCGAGUCCAUAAGAAGCCGCGGAGGUUUCUGUUGUUGGAUCGAUAUGAGUGGAUUGAUUCGGUCAUAUAAUGAAAAGGGCGAGCUUGAGCUUUGGGAUAAGUUAUUGAACGUAGCCAAACUCAACGUAAUUCCUGGAUCCUCAUGCCACUGUAUAGAGCCUGGAUGGUUUCAGUGCUGCUUCGCAACAUUAACCGAAAAGGAUAUUCCUGUAGUUAUGGAAAGACUGCAGAAGAUCGUGAAAGGAUGUAAAUCUCGUAGUUGAACUUACAUUGAUCUAUUUGUAUUUAAAGUGUAUAGGUAGUCCAAAUGAAAUUACUUCCUCUGGUUUUUAUUAGUUGCUACAGAUAAUGACAUUUUAUGAGGAGAAAUAUCACUAUCUGUAGCAACUAAUAAAAACCAAAGGAAGUAUAUUGGUAAGAUAAGUUCCUGAAAUGAAAAUGAAGUUGCAGAAUUUUUUUUUGAAUAUUUCAUCUCCUUGUACUGAUUUCUGAUAUGCUUACUGAAGUUUAGAGUCAUAUGACAGCUUCGGAUGGCAAAAUUAGCGGGCGGGUGCUGAUACCCGUUUACGAUAACCAUAAGCCCUAGAAUUUUCAUACCCAUAAAAAAGUUUUUGUACCAACCACCUACCCACUACUCAUGAUGGAUUCGACUGCUAGUUUACUACGCGGGUGCUACAACUGUCUACCCGACUUCCAUUAUAAUACACUAAGGGCUCGCUUGGAUUGAGAGUAAAUAUUAAAGGGGUAAAAAAAGUCAAA